AUGCCUCUUCCGGGAAGCCUUCUGCAAGCAGGACCUGAGUGUAACUACACUUUCCUGUUCUGCAGCAACCAGUUUUCACAGGUAGCACAAACUUGUAGCCAUUACAGAUCUAUCCUCAUGAAUUUGUCUAAACCCCUUUUAGUACCAUCCAAAGUGGUAGCCAUUACUAUGUCUUGUGGCAGCAAAUCCCAUACAUUUAACUAUGUGCCAUAUGAACAAGUACAUCCUUUUGUCUGCCUUGGAUCUUUGUUGGAUGACCCUGCGUCUUGCAAGAGAGGAAGAAAAAUGUCCACUUUAUCCACACCAGGCAUCAUUUUAUACACAUUUAUCAUGUCCUCCCCCUUGCCUUUUUUAAAGAAAUAA